AUGAUAUAUUUACUAAGAUUUUGGACCAAAGGUAUGCAGGAAAGUAUGUAAACCUGUAUGUAAUCCUAUUUAUUGGUGCUUUCGUACCGAAUGCGAUACAGCCUUUGAAUACAUUAGAUUAUCUUCAUUUUGAUUUUAUCUGACCGAGAAUAAAAAUAUAUGUUAGCUUUCUGGUUAAGAAGUUGAUAAUUUGUAAGGACAUCUUCGUCACUUUAAAUAGUUUUAGUCUUCAUUUCCUGAAAGACACUUCUUGUCGCAAUAGUUCACUUUUUGCUCUCUUGAAUGUUGGUCGCAAUGUCGGAGCCUAAACAAGUUCAGGCUGAAGUGAAGGGGGUUGUUCUAGAGAAACGAAUCAGCUAUUCUAUGCUUUACGCUGCCGGUAACAUCGUCCUCUUUGAUAACCUGGGAAUUUUGACAAACGGGAAGAAACGUGCCCGCAUAGCCAGGUCCGCGUUUGAGGUGUUGUCAGAGAGUCUUUAUGCCAGUGCCACUGCCUUCGUCCCCAUACAAAUCGCCUCCAAGCUUAGCCUCGAUUAUGUCCCCGACUAUUUGAAGUGUCAUGGCCAAGGUGUUACUAAAAAGAAGACCAAGACCGUGUUCGAGUCAUUCGUCGUGUCCAAGGGGAAGGGCAGGUUCGCAUACGUCACCCCUGAAAAGGAAAUUCCAUUCAAGGACUGUUUCGUACCGUUGAAACGAUGCAAAAUUUCUGGGCAUAGCUAUAGAAGUACAAGCGAUGUCGUGAUUGAAGUGCAGGAUAAGAAAACGAGAGUUAAGAGACAAAGAACAAAUAUCAAGCAGACUUCAAUUUUGCAGUUCUUUUUUAAAAGCCAAAAGCAGGAUGAGGAACCGGAGCAGAUUAGCGAGGAAAACAUGAAGGCAAAUCCUGGACCAAUUGCUACGAUUUCCGUGCGUUUCUCGACAACACCAAGGAGAGUUAUAGAAUUGGUUAAUGCUCCCAGUCCUCCUCCUCUAAAUCCGGUAUUGGAAGGAAUUAGAAUGUCCAUCCAGCAUACGACACUUCUUCGACGCAAGUAUUCACAAAUUUUUGAUUGUGAUGAUACAUCCGAUUUGGAAAAUUUUGAAGUUGAUCCUAAAACGGAUCAAAACAAAUUGCACACGUAUUUUCAUCCAUUAACUGAAGAAGAAAGAGGAGCCAAGUUUCUACCCAUGGUUCAGAAACCAACAACUGGACUGAGAACCCCUUUGGGAAAUGAUAAUAUGCAGUAUAGUCAGUUGAAGGAAGACGUUGAAGAAUCUCAUGAAUUGCCAUCAGACUUGCUUGAAGAUAUUUUUAGUUUGGAAGACAAUUUUGGAAGUAUGAAACCUUCCCAAAAUGCAAAUUCGUUCGACAAUGUGUGUUCUGCAUUUCCAAGUAGUACAAGUUUCAGCUCAAUAGCAUCCUUUAAUGGAUUUGAGGACGUGCAAGACAUGCUCAAAGAUAUUAACUAUAAUGAUUUGACUGAAAUGGGUUUUGAAUGUAUGGACGCAACAUAAUUGUCUUGGGAUUGUCUUCCUCAAGGAACGUCAAUUCACAGAAUGACAUUAUAUAUAUGUGAAUGAUGUAACUCUGAUAUGCAUGACUAUAAAUUUUUUAUUUUAUGAAAAUAAACGAUAAUUUCUAUGUGAUAAAGGA